AUGAUUUCUCUACAAAAUCAUGCACGUGAAGAAAGAAGUCAUAAAAAACAACAAGGUAUUAAUGUAAGAAAUUUAAGAGUGAAUAAUGUCGCAAUAAAAAAUACAUUGAUGGCAGCGCUGACAAAUUUACAAGAAAAUAAUCUUGAAACUAUCUAUGUGAUUUGGCUUGAUGCAUCGGUUAAUGACUUAGAAGAAAAUAUCCAAGCUCAACAAAGUAUUCGUUCGAUAAUCAAUCAUCUUAUCGUAUUUCAAACUGCUAUCGAUUGUGAACAGUAUAUAAACCAGACUUCGAGAGAUGAUCGAAUUCUUCUUAUUGUCAGUGGCCGAUUAGGACAAGAAAUAGUACCACGGAUUUAUCAUUGUCGACAAAUUUUCUCAAUCUAUGUUUAUUGUAUGGAUAAAGCAAGAAAUGAUGAAUGGGCUAAACAUUUUCAAAAGAUCAAAGGUGUAGUUAUCGAUCUAAAUAGUCUAUUAAAACAAAUUCAAUUGGAUCAAUCAAAACGUAUUGAAAAUAAAGUUGACGAACCGUUGGCAAUUAACAUAUCAAAUUUAAAUCAUUUUAUAGAUAAAUCUACUAAAGAAUUGAAUGGUGAAUUUCUUCAUUCUCAAUUAUUGAUCGAUUGUCUUCUACGAAUGAAACCGAAUGUAACGGAUAAAAAUGAACUUAUAAAUUUAUGCCAAAAAUUCUAUCAAAAUAAUCCUAAAGAAUUGAGUUUAGUUAGAGAAUUUGAACGAAACUAUUCAUCCAAUCAAGCAAUAUGGUGGUAUACACGAGACUCAUUCGUUUAUCGGCUAUUGAAUAAAGCUCUGCGUGUUCAAAACAUUGAUUUAUUAUUUCUUUUUCGUUUUUUUAUUCGUGAUAUUGAACUACAAUUGAAACAAUAUCAAUGUUCAUCGUUGGUACGUACCUAUCGUGGACAAUUGAUGUCAACCGAUGAAUUAGAUCAAUUGAAAAUGUCGCUCGGAGAAUAUAUUUCAGUAAACUCAUUUUUUUCUACAAGUCUUAAUCGACAACAAGCUAUUAGAUUUUUAAAUGAAUAUACUUUUUCACAUAAUUUCCAAAAAGUUUUAUUUGAAAUUGAUGCCGAUCCACAAUUAGAGAAUUUAAAAUCAUUCGCGAAGAUAAAUUCAAUAAGUUCUUAUGCCAAUGAACAAGAAAUUUUAUUUAUGUUAGGCUCAAUAUUUCGUCUCGUAAAUGUCAAACAAGAAAAAAACGGACUUUGCACUAUUCAAAUGAUCUUAUCGAAUCAUAAUGAUGAACAUUUAAGAAUACUUUUUGAUAACAUUAAAAAUGAAUAUAGUGGAGUCAAUGAAGAAACAAGUCUUUAUUCAUUUGGAAAUAUUUUAUAUCAAAUGGGAAAAUAUGAUUUAGCAGAAAAAUAUUUUUAUCGGCUACUCAAGGAUUUACCCAAUGGUCAUGAUGAUAUUUCAAAGUGUUAUCAUUCACUUGGUGUUUUAGCUUUGAUCAAAGAUAAUCGUGAUUUAAGUCUUUACUGGCAUGAAAAAUCAUUGAAAAUCUUAAAGCCAAAUGAUCCAAGUUUAGCCGAUUGUUAUCAUUCUAUUGGUUGUAUUUAUCAAAAGAAAGGAUAUUCUAAACGUGCUCUAGAAUUCUAUGAUAAAUCUUUAAAUAUUUGGAAAAAUUGCUUUGGCGAAGAUUAUCAUCAAGUAGCUGAUUGUUUAAAUAAUAUGGGUUGUCUUUAUGAAAGUGAAAAAGAUUAUUCUAAAGCCUUAGAAUGUCAUCAAAAGGCGUUGUCGAUACGUAAAAAAUGUUUACCGAAAAAUCAUUCCGAUCUCGGUGCUUCGUAUAAUAAUAUUGGCAAUAUUUAUCUUUGCCUUGCAGAAUAUGAUUUAGCAUUAGAAAAUUAUAAUCAUUCCUAUGAAAUAAAACGAAAAUCUCUUCCAUCACAACAUCCAUCAUUAGCAUCAACAUUAGAAAAUAUUGGGCUUGUUUAUGAAGAAAAAAAAUCAUUUCUACUAGCUUUAGACUACUAUGAAAGAGCAGCUGCUAUUUUUCGAGAAACAUUCUCAUCUUCACAUAGUUAUGUUAUUGAAAUUGAACAGGAUAUUCAACGUGUACUAUCGAUGUCGAAAUCUCAAGGAACAAUCAUCGUUUCUAGAUUUUAA